AUGUAUGACGUCAUCACUAGCUACAAGUUUCAAUUCAUGCUGUUUUUCCUGGCGAAUGUGCUGAAGGAGCUCAACAUUCUGAGCUUGAAGUUCCAGCGUCGCCAGGUUGACGCGACCCAUGUGCUGCCGAUGGUACACAACACGACCUUGCUGCUGCGCACACGUUACCUCGACGCCGACGACGAGUCUUUUGGCCAGGGCGGAGAUGCUUUGGGCCCCUUCCUCAAGAAGCACGCGUCCAGGGAAUGCCGAGAGGUGAAGCUGGCUGGCACAUCAUCCGACGGAACUUCGACCGACCUUACCUACACACUCCACGAGAAGCCCAUCAAGGGGCAGAAGACUGGUGCGGACCACGGUGCGUGUAUGGAGUUGGCGCGCGCGUUCGUGGCGACCUUGAUCGGCAGGCUCGAUCACCGCCUCAAGGACCUCGCCAACCUCGACGGGGCGAAGCUGUUCAAGCAGGGGUCGUAUCCCAAGAACCAGUCCAAGCGAGAGCGGAAACUUGGACAGUGGCUGCAGUCGCUGCGCAAUAUGUUUAAGAAGAAGCCUGAAGACCCCGACACCAUACCAGCAGUCGAAUCCAUACAGCCACACCAGGUCUCAGUUGUCUUUUUAAGCAGACUCGGCGUAUCCUCCUUGCGAGAUGUCGAACCUGAUUGCUGCGAUAACCUUUUGGCGAAACUCCAAAAAGAGGAGGUUUUUACAGGAUUACUGCUUGGUGGCGGUCUGGUCAUCACAACCCGUUCCGCUGUGCCGUCAAAAGAGGCAGCAGCAGGUUUGAGUUUGUUGGCGUUCUCGGCUCCCGUUAUACGGAAGAACAAGAAAGGAGCUCAUGCUACGGCUCAACUGAUCUGCGCAUCCAAACCUCUAUCCCCAGAGAGGGCAUUUGCAACAAAUGAGGCGCUCGGUGUCACAAUCGUCGCAUGCGAACACCUGUCCUGCGGAGAGGAACAUGCUUCAGUCGCGUGCAGUGUCUCGUCAUUGUCUCGAACCCUUGGAAUCGGCUCGAAUGCUUUUCUGCUCGUCUAUUACUUCGCAGCUCUACGUCUUCCACAAGGAAGCUCAUCAAAGAUAUCUGCUGAGAGCAUUCCAUCCACUGCUCUUUCAUGGAAGCUGAAAAAGGGUCGCGUACUGGAACUCCACAAUUCAAAAGUGGCCUCACAUUCAGUGGAAACAGGCAAAAUCGGGAUUCAAUUUCCUAGCUCUCGCUCUUUCCUGUCAAGCAAAAACGGCAAAUCAGGUGGCCAGCGUGACUUCACAGUUCCAAGCUGUGUGGUGUUCAACAACGAUGGUGAAGUUGCCUCCAUAGUGGACCAUGAUGCAAUAAGCAAGGCUCAAGUUCAGGCUACGCCAGUGAGUGCGGCUCUUGAGUGGAUUUCAAGUAUGUAUGACACGACCGGUACCAGCAUAAGGCUUCCUCCCAUCGGCUCUCCCAACGGGAGCAGCACCGGUGAGCAAAUCCUGGCAGAAGCAGCAGUAGAGGAGCGGCUGACAGAACCAGUAUCAGGAAGUAGUUAUGACGCCUCCCCAGAAGCAGCAUCUGAAUCUGUGCCCGGUAACUUGGACACAGCCACGGAGCAAAGGGGUGAAGAUUCACUGGAGCAGGGUGAUGCAUCAGCUCCUGAUGCUGUGGAUGCAAGUUCACCGACCGAUCAAGUUAACGAGACCAAUGUCACUGCAAACUCUGACAGUGGGGUGGGUGCUGCUAAUUCCACAGCUGAUAAUGAGGAAUGUCAUGCUGUGGAAGUGCCUUCUACUAACCAGAUGGCAGCGGAUGUUGUGGAGAGUGCGCAUGUUGACACCAUUGCUCCCAUGCAAUCCGCUGAGAAGCAGAAGCUAAGUCAUGAAGAGCUAAAAGCACGCAUAAUGGGUUAUGGCAACACGAGCGUUCUGAUGAAGAGACAGCAAGCUCGAGCAGACGUUUCCAGGCAUGUAGAGUUAGCUGGUAUAGCUGCUGGCGUGCAGGCAACGGCAGGUGGAGCCAAAAAUAACUCAUCCAUCAGCUCCUCUGCAGAAGGGAGAGGCUCUGAGGGUGGCUUCAUUGGGGAAACAGGCAGUAUCUCACGUAAGCCAGCACUCUGGCGAUUUGGAUCGACUGGCCAGCAGGCAGCUGCAGCCACAAUGGCAUCAGAUGCAGCAGGAAACGAGGGAGUCUCUCAGAAGACUGCAUUGAACAACAUGCCAUCCCUGCAAAUGAUCGUGGCUGCUCCUGUAGCAGCAUUUGUGGGAUUGGGGACGAAAAUGAGUGGUGCAAUGGUGGAUCUUGGAAGUGCACUCAGGAAACACCAAGAGCAUGGAGCUCAGGUGGCUGAGAUGAGUGAAUUGGACAAGAAGAAGCUCCAGGAACAAGAGGUGCGCAGGCAAGAUGCAUACAAAAAUGCUUCUGCAUCCCUCUUCAAAACGAGUCACCAUCAAGAGCAGCUAUCCACCCCAAACCUGCAAGUCCUCCCACCCGAUAUGGAGAACCCUGAGAACGUUUUACACCUGGAUCAAGCUGCUGACGUUGAGGUUGGUGAUGCAAGGGGUUUGGAGUCACAAGCGAGUGCAGGGGCUGGUUGCAACGUGAUGUUUGGAGUAAAAGAAGGUGAUGAGAAGGAUGGAGAUGAUUUCAGCAAAGGGAAGGAGGCCACUGAGGCUAGUGGGGAUGGGGCCAGUGAAGGAAGAGUACCAUGUGAGCUGGAUGGAGGCGAAGGCAUAGGCAUGGGAGGAGGUGCCUAUGCGUGUGAUCAUUCAACAGCCUUGGGCGGAAGCCUCAGUAUAGACUUGUCCAAAGAGAUGAAGGGCGAGCAUUCGUCAGAGAUUGUUGUUGGUGCGAGGUCCAGUGACGGGUCAAGCAAGUCAAGUGAGCAGUCCCACCACAGCCACUCCAGAGACAGCACCGGCAGCAGCAGCAACUCAACAGACCGUGUCAAAGAGAAGUGGCCUCUUGCGACCCGAGCGAGCACUGAGAGCAUCUCCAUGGGCACACGGCGUCCACGGGUCAUAUUGGAUGACCACUGGUGGAAGACGAAGCUGGUUGGUGAGGAGCCUGGGCGUCGUCUCGUGGCUGCUCAGCUAGCUAGGGAGGCGAUGCUGAUGCGAGGGGGGUCAGGUAAUGUCUCACGGCUGGAGGGACGCGUUGGGGGACUGGAGGCGCCCACUCCUCUUGCAUCACGUUCCAAUUCUGGAGUCCCACUGACUAUAAGGAAGGGAACCACCACAACAGAGCUCCAUGAGGAAGGAACGGAUGUGGCUCAGGGUUCCAAUGCUGAUGGUUCCAAGCCUGAGGAGGAAGGAGAAAGUAGGCCUGAUGGAGCUGCUGGUGCCUCUCGAGUCCUUGCUGCGAAGCAUGCAACUGGCCCACCUGGAAGUGCUGUUGAUGAAGCGAGUGCAUGCAUGGAGAAGGCGUUGGAGCAAGCUGGUGGUGAUGAUGACAUUGCGUUUCACGGAGCACAAGGAAACCAUCUAGUGGGCAAAGGAUCUGCUGCAACAGAACUGGCGAAGGUUGAAGUCAUGGUGCCCGGCACUGCUGACCAGGCUGAUGUGGAGGCACAACAGCAGCCAUGCCAGAAGGCGACUGCCAAUCAAGACUCUCGGGUGUGCAAUACGGAGCACAAGACCCCCUUGAAGACGAUCCCUCCUCCGGUGGACAAGCGGCUGCAGUCAGGCUUUGAUGGGCUCAUGCAGGCAAUCGAGUCGCUGGCGACCAUGAGUGUUUCCCGCUCUCCUGGAGCCAAGCCAUGGGCCUCAAGCAACCGAGGAACAGACAAGGGAGGAACCGGCCGGAUCACGCAGCCCUCAAGCCCUGUAUUGGGAUAUGAUGGAGCAGUAAUUGAUCAGGGGAAGCGUCAAACUGAUCCGAGGCAAGCUGCGGCUGGGGUCACAAGACAACCAGCAAUGGCUUCAGUCACUUCUUUUUCCAACAACACUCAAAGCUCUUCAACUGGUCACAGGCUCCCUGCAGCAUCACCGGAGCACACUGAAGAGUUUGCUCACAGGGCAGGGGUGCUGAGCCUGCAGCAGCAGGCAGCGUGGCUGUGGGGCAGUGCACAGCACAUGGCUGCACGGGGCACAAGGGCCAGCUCUGCAUCAAGCGAUGGGGACUCCCAGGCCAGGGGAUCCCGACCAGCGCCGCGCGGGUUUUCCGCGCGCGAGGCGAUGCGCGGAGGGGUGGACUCGGAGGGGCGGCAGUAUGCGUCGGCAGACGAAAUGUGGCGGCAGGAGGCGGGGGAGCGCGCAGUGAGCGCAGGGGAAGGGAAAAGCGAGGAGGGCGCAAUGGAGGCGGAAACGGGUGGGAAGAAGCGCGAAUGGUACGACAAGGGCGUCAAGUACUGGGAGGGCGUGGAGGCGAGUGUGGACGGCGUGUUGGGGGGAUACGGCGCAGUGAGCUCAACAGACGCGGCGGGCAGCGCGGCCUUCCUGCACGAGGUGUAUGGCGCACAGCUCGACGCUGCCCGCUCACAGGGCCGCCCGCUUGUCGCUCUGGACUGUGGGGCGGGCAUAGGGCGAGUGACCAAGGAGUUCCUACUGCACGUAUUCAACGAGGUGGGUGGGGUGAGGUGUGCUGUGCUGUUCGUGCACAUCACACCACAUGGCAUUCCAGUGUGCCUGCAUGACACUGUGGAUCUAGUGGAGCCAGUACGGCACUUCAUAGAUGCCGCCCGGGACCACCUCGCCUCGCCGCCCUCCUCUGCCGCCUCGCCUGCCGCCUCUCACCGUGCCGUCAACUUCUUCUGCUGCCCGCUCCAGGUGCUGCCUUCCCAGGUGCUGCCUUCCCAGGUGCUGCCUUCCCAGGUGCUGCCUUUCCCAAGUAAAUCCGCCUUUCUGCGUGUUACUUAA